AUGCCGGUCGUCCAGCCUAAAAAGAAGUUGGAGCAGAUAGAGAGGGCGAAGAGCACCUUGAGCAGCAGUGGACUCAUUGACUCGGAGGCGACGAAGGGUGCUAUCGACCAGCUAUGUGAGUUGCACAUGGAGCAGCAUAAGUUGAGGGUGGAAUGCAGAAGAGAGUAUGCGGUAUUAAUCCAGAAGUAUUUGAAGGCGUCGAAGCCGUUGUACGAGAAGCGAGCUGAAAUAUUAAAGCCGAGAUCUGAUACGCAAAAGUCUCUGGUGACCGACUUUUGGUUGCAAGCACUAAAGCACCACGCUACCUUUAGUGCCAGCAUCGAGGUGUGGGACGAACCAGUGCUUAAACACAUCACCGACAUCCAAGCUGACUGCCUAGACGGUGAUUGGCAAAAGUCCUUCAGGAUAACUUUCCACUUCGAGCCGAACGCAUUCUUUACUAACAGUGUCCUUACCAAACAAUUCGUCAUGGACGAAGACGAAGAGACAGGUGAGAACUUAUUGGUCCAAGCUAUUGGCACCAAGAUUGACUGGAAGCCCGGAAAAGACGUCACUGUCAAAAUCAUAUCCAAACGUCAAAGACAUAAACUGUCUAAGGAGAUGCGAACGGUUACUGUAAAGAAGGCCAGACCGUCUUUCUUUAAUUUCUUCCGUACUCGUGUGUUCCCGACUGAGCAGGAGUUACAGGUCAUGCGUGAGUCGGAGGUGCAACGGCUGGAGAACUAUUUUUCGGUCGAGUAUGAGCUGGGCCAAAUCCUUCGGGACAGAAUCGUACCCUUGGCUACCGGCUGGUACCUAGAUAUCGAGUACGACAGCGAGGAGGACCUGGAAGGAAGCAUGGCUUGCGAAGCCAGCGACGACGAGGACGAAGAGGACGAAGAGAUUACUCAAGACGACUGA